AUGCAAGGUCUGGAAAGCGCCAUGCCGCGACCCGAAGGUGAUUUUACGUUUGAUAACAAUGAAGAUGCGCUGCAGGAUCUGGACGACGGAUUUUGGAAUUAUCUCGACCAGCACCCACUCAGCCCCCCUCGGGAAAGAGUCCCAGGAGAAUUUGGUAUUCCUGGUGGCGAUUCUUCGGGCGGCGUUACAGAGACUGCAGCUGGGAGCCAUCAGAGACCGGUGUGGGAUAAAAUGCGGAACAUUCUUUACGACUUAGCAGAAGACGAGUCAGGUCCUUCGAUAGUUCAAGAAUCUAGUUCCCCAAAAGCCAACGUCCCCGAGUGCGCCAAUAGAUCCGAUUGGACGACUAUGCAAAAUCUGCUUUAUGAUUUGGAGCAAAAGCCAACAAACUUGACCCGGCCGUCAAUACAUGACUCAUCCAUAGAGAGCAGUACGUCUGUUGCGGUCCCUGCUGUAUCCCCAGAAAAGGUCAAUAGUCCGCAAAAGGUUGAAGUUGACAAUCGCCCAGUAUGGGAAGCUAUGGGUAAUAUCUUGAGGAACCUGAAAUAA